ACGGCGUCGUCGACGGCGCAUCCCCCCGCGGCGAAGCGGCCCCGCGCGGCGGUGAUCACCGACGCCGAGGUCCGCACCGAGUUCGCGCACCACGACCGCGCCGUGGCGCGCCUCAACAACGGCAGCUUCGGCUGCUGCCCGGCGUCCGUGCUCGCGGCGCGGGCGCGGUGGCAGCGCCUCUUCCUGGCGCAGCCCGACGCCUUCUACUUCCACCACCUCCAGCCGGGCCUCGCCCGCUCCCGCGCCGCGGUCGCCGCGGCCGUCGGCGCCGGGGACGCCUCCGAGGUCUCCCUCGUCGACAACGUCACCACGGCCGCCGCCAUCGUCAUGCAGCACGUCGCCUGGAGCUUCGCGGAGGGGGACUUCGCGCGCGGCGACGUGGUGCUCAUGUUCCUCUACACUUACUGCUCCGUCAAGAACUCCAUCCACGCCUACGUCGCCCGCGCCGGCGCCGCCGUCGUCGAGGUGCGCCUCCCCUUCCCCGUGGCCUCCGCGGACGCCAUCGUCGCCGAGUUCCGCGCGGCGCUCGCGGUGGCCAAGGACGGCGGGCGCCGACGCGUCCGGCUCGCCGUCAUCGACCACAUCACCUCCAUGCCCACCGUCCUCAUCCCGGUGAAGGAGCUCGUCGCCAUCUGCCGCGAGGAGGGCGUCGACAAGGUGUUCGUCGACGCGGCCCACGCCAUAGGGCAGGUGCCCAUCGACGUGAACAACAUCGGCGCGGAUUUCUACGCCAGCAACCUCCACAAGUGGUUCUUCUGCCCCUCAGCCGUCGCCUUCAUCCACACCCGCAAGGACGACCCGGUGGCCUCCCAGCUCCACCACCCCGUCGUCUCCAGCGAGUACGGCAACGGCCUCCCGAUGGAGAGCGCCUGGAUCGGGGUGCGCGACUACAGCGCGCAGCUCGUCGUGCCCGACGUCAUCGACUUCGUCAACCGCUUCGAGGGCGGCCUCGAGGGGAUCCGCACACGGAACCACGACAAGGUGGUCGAGAUGGGCACGAUGCUCGCCGACGCAUGGGGCACGUUCCUCGGCACGCCGCCGGAGAUGUGCGGGAGCAUGAUCAUGGUGGGGUUGCCCGGCGCCCUGGGCAUCGGGAGCGAGGACGACGCCGACAGGCUGAGGACGAUGCUGAGGAAGCAGUUCAAGGUGGAGGUGCCGCUCUACUACAAUUCCAGGGCGGCGGAGGCGCCGCCGGAGAUGGUGAAGGACAGCAACGGCGAUCCGGUGACGGGGUACGUGAGGAUCUCGCACCAGGUGUACAACGUCCGGGAGGACUACGAGGCACUCAGAGACGCCGUCGCUAAGCUCGUCGCCGACGGCUUCACCUGCAGAAAGUUACGGCCUUCUGAGAAGCAAGAAACUCUGCCACAUGAGGAAUUGACAUCCAGCCAGGCAGCCAGCUCUCGCAAUGGAAGGCUUCAUCACUGAAUUGCAAUUCUCCAUGUACAAUUGUCAUCUCCUCCUUCAGUUGAUUUAUUGGGUACAUUCUGGAACUGAAAGUCCUGCCGAUAACACGCGUUCACGCUGUUCCUCCUCAUUUUUGACUUUUUGAGCUGCAAGAAUGUAAGAAUAACCAUAGAGCUUUGCGGCUGUUGUACUUGUUGCAGUGACUGUUGUAUUGUUGAGCUUCAGCCCCUGUGAACUCUUUGGGCAAGAAUAAUAGAUCAAACGGGCCAGAUCCUAUGGCUACUUUACUUGUA